AUGGCUAUCCUACAGUUCCCUGUAGAUCCCUCGAGAUUAGGUGACAAUGAUGAAUUCAUUGCUCUCAACUCCGACUACAGCGUCGCCCACCCCUCUGAUGAUACGUCUCGCCGUAUUGUGGAGAUCAUAGAGUUCAUUUCUCGAGGGGACUCUUCCACAAUUCCGCCUGAAAAUCUCCACGAACCUUUUGUUCUCCGGGCAAGAUUGGAUACCCCAUGGGACGGCAAGGACACGGUGAUUUGUAAGGCUGGGUACGGGAAGAAAGCGACUGAGAAGCUUAGGAAGGAAGCGCAAAUCUACAACGGAAAGCUUUCUGGUCUCCAGGGAAUAUGUGUGCCGUGGAUAUAUGGCUACUACACUGGGUGCACUGCUGAGGAUGGUCGGCUGUCGGUCCUUGUUAUGGAGGACUGUGGGCAACCUUUGCCUCGGUCAUUCAACAAGCUCCCCCAACGCGCGAAAAAGCUUAUGUUGCAGUGUCUUAUCAACCUCCACAAAGCUGGUGUAGAGCACUGCGGCAUCGACGACAGGAGGAACAUUGCCAUACGUCCCUCGGAGACCAACAUGUGCGAGAUCAGGCUCGUCGACUUUGGCGAUGCGGACGACGACCACAUCUGCGAAGUCAAUCGUGAGUUCCUCGAGGAUAGCACCGAGCCUAAUUUCGACCGCGUUGGCUGCGAGGAGAUUUACCAGGUAUGCAUGGAGUCAGAAAUAUGGGAUAUGGAUCACGUCACCUUUUAUGAUAAAGCGGUGCCAGUUGAUCAGUUGACGAGUGCAGAGAACCUCUUGGAAGUCACAAACAUUCUCAACGAACUCAAGGAACACGAAGAUCUACGUGACUGGGAAGCAAGAGGUGCUGCUCAAGCACGGAUCGAUGACUACCGCGACUGGUGUCAAGACCGCAAGUGUUGGGAAUCAACGCCUCUUUUUUCUUGAACCGAGAUUGGGGUGACUCGGGUUGGACUUGGGGUGAUGAAGACAGGGUUCCUCGAGCAGCCCACAUGCUGAUUGUCUGUGUCGCCAUUGAGUGACUUGUGUGAUUUUCUUCGUCUCUGCAGCGACACUCAGCCCAUCCUCGAGAUAACUGUCUUCCAGAACCAGCAGGUCAUCAGUCUUGUAUCCUAGGUUGCAG